AUGGCGCAGGCGCUAGUUCCUCUCACCCAUGGCAAACACGAUUUACUCGGCAAAGUUGCCGGCCUAAAUGGCCGUGUCUUUGACACCGAUCCCGUCAUCGCCUACAUGCUGCUGGACAUGUCUCUGGAAGAGCGACUUGCGUAUCUCCCGACAUACUGGUCCACACUCGUCCGGUCUGCCCUGAUGAACGGUGCACUCAUCACCGAAGCUGAUGGGUGGAAAGCAGCAUCUGUGAUUAUUCCACCGGGCAAGGGUAUCGAUAAUGUCUGGACGCUUCUGUACGCAGGCUUCCUUUGUGUUCUAUGGAAGAUUGGCAUCUCCGGCUCGAAGCGUCUGUGGACUGAAUUCUCCGGCAUGACAGAUAACGCUAAGCGGAAGGGUCUUCACGGUGAAAAGCGAUACUACUACGUCUUCAGUAUUGGAACCGAGCACGAUCAUCGCGGAAAAGGUGAGCCCACCACCGAGUGGCUUAAGGAGUAUCAGUCUUACUCCUGUAUCCCUUCUACUAACAAGAAAUUCGCAGGCCUUGCCAAAGAGAUUAUGCGAUACCAUCAAAACAUCGCCCGCUCCGAAAACCUCCCCAUUUGGCUCGAGGCAACCACUCCAAGUUCGCGCCAUUUAUACGUCUCUCUUGGAUUCCAAGAAAUCGAAGAGAUUAUCUUGGGAAAAGGCAAGGUUGCUCCCGAUGCUAGCAUCCAGCCUGGCGGCCCUGGAGUCUCACUCUGGGCAAUGGUGUGGUGGCCAGAGUCGUCGGAGCACGCCCCUAAAUCGUGA